AUGGGAGCUGAUGUACCGAUUUCAAGUUUAUUAAAGAAAUUAAACAAGUUGAAAGACGUUGUCCAGGAAAGAUUUAUCUAUCCAAGACUGAGAAAUCAUGUACAUGUUGCCAUCGACGAACUACAACGCAUUCAGAACAAACUUGAAGAAGCAGAGGAUACCAGUACCGUUCUUCCCACUGUUUACAUUUCAGAUGACACCAGUACCCUUCUUCGCUCUAGCUUAAAAGCUGUGCAUAGUGAAUCGAGGCCUCGCAGAGACCAUUCAGCAAUCAAUCACAAAACCCAUGAAUUUGAUGAUGAUGAUGAUGAUGAUGAUGAACUUGUUGGAUUUGGAGAUGUGGCAGAGAAGAAUCUGGUAGAUCGACUAAUCAACGACGACGAGAAAAGCCUCCGCGUGAUUUCUCUAGUCAGCAAAAAGGCUGUGAUUCCGAUGGGGGUGUUGAAGGGGGUAGAGCUCAUGAGCGAGGACGAGCUGUCUGCUCUGCUUUUCCAGACUUUAAUGGAGCUCAGGUUUCUAAUAGUCUUGGAUGAUGUCUCCUCGUUUGAUGUCUGGCUCAUGUUAGCAUGUCCCUUUGCAGACACCGCCAAUGGUAGCAAAGUCAUCCUCACUACUCGCGACUCUAAGAUAGCCUCGGAUGUUGAUCCGUGGAGUCGCCCACCGCUGGAACUCAAGCCCUUCACUGAUGAGCUGAGUUGGGAAUUGUUCUCGAACAAGUUUCGUGUAGGCAGACAUGACACAGAUACACACCACCAGUUAAACAGUUACAAGGUAAAAAUUCUGAAAAUAUGCGGCGGUUUGCCUCCAGCAAUUGUCCUGCUUGGACGAUUGUUGUCAACUAUACAAUCUAAUGAGUUGGUCUGUGUAAUUGAUAGUCUUUUAAUCGACUUGGACAAACUUGAUCAAUCACCUCUCUCAAAUAUUAUAGCUUUAUGUUUUCGUGAGCUACGGUCUAAGUUGAAGCUAUGUUUUCUUUACUUGGCUCUCUUUCCUAAAGAGUAUGAGAUCUCCGUGCGGAGGCUGUUGCAGUUGUGGAUUGCAGAGGGUUUUGUGAAAAUGUCAAGUACCCAACAACCUGAAGAUAUAGCCGGUAAAUAUUUGAAAGAACUCGUGCACAGAAACAUGAUUGAAAUAGCAACAAGGAAGGAAGACGGAAGGCAUAAAACAUGCCGAAUGCCAAGCUUUCUUCAUGAUUUCUUCUUUCAAAAAUCUGAGGUUAUAGGAUUUAUUCACGCCCACCAUUGCAGAGCGAAUUGUACACCUAUAGAUUCAACUGCUCAGCUUAAUACAGAUUCACCGGCUGAUCAGCCUAAUACAGAUUCAUCUGCUCAGAAUAAUAUAGAUUUACCUGCUCAGCCUAAUAAUGUUUGUUUAUCAGAUGUUUGUUUUAAAGCCCAAACGAGAGGUACAUCCAACGAAAAAAUCAAUGAGUUGCUUAAAACAAUUAUCGAUAGGAGGAGAUCUAGAGGUUUUGUGUUGACGAAGGUGCUUGAUCUAGAAGGUGCCCACAGACCUUUGCUACAUGCGAAACUCGGCAAGUUUUUGAGCAACUUAAGGUACAUAAGCUUGCGAUGGACGGGUAUAGACUCAUGUCCGAAGUCUAUUGGCGAUCUACCGUGCCUGGAGACUUUAGAUUUGAAGUAUACUAACAUAACCAAUCUGUCGAGUUCCAUUUGGAAGGCGAAGAACCUUCGACAUCUGCUUAUGAACGAGGUGUCCAUUCCAAAGCCGUCAUCAUCAAAACAGUCUUCAACUUCAAUGUCCAACAUUCAGACCUUAACAGGCCUUCGUAUCGGUUUUGAGGACCCCAAAGAAUACGGCUUGAACAGGUUCACCAGCCUUCAGAAAUUGGGACUGACUUGCCAUUCAAGAUCAUCCGUGGAGAAAACAUGGGAUUGCAUCUCACAACUUAACAAACUUCAAACUUUCAAGCUCAGAUCAAGGGAUCAUCAAUUCGGUCAGCCUUCAGAGCUCGUGAUUCCUGACAAUCUGACAACCCAUCCGUCUCUCUCAAACUUAUAUUUGUUCGGAGUGUUCAACUUCAAAGUUGGAAACCUUCCCAAAAACCUCAAAACCCUGACACUGUCAAUGUCGAAAAUCAAAGAUCCAAUGCCGGAGCUAGGGGAGUGUCUGCCUCAGCUGAACAUACUCAGGCUUUUUGCUGACUCUUUUGUAGGGGAGAAAAUGAAUUGUCUUGGUGGGGGAUUUCCCAAACUUCGUGUGUUGAAAUUGUGGAUGUUAGAAACCCUCAAGGAGUGGAUCGUUGAGGAAGGUGCUAUGCCCGAACUUGAAGAAUUAGAAAUUAGAGGUUGUGAAAAACUGGAAAAGUCACUAGGAUUGGAGCGGCUGAGUCACCUCAAGGAAUUGACGUUAACAAACAUGAAGCGGGAAUUUGUAGAAGAUGUUAAACAAAAUCUGGCGUCCGUGGGCAGAUCGCACAUACUACUCACCAACAAGUUCAAGUCUUCAACCACUCUUGCAUGUGCUUCUUCAAAUUUGUGA